AUGUGUUUUUUUUCUCGACCUUUACUCCAAACGGCUGCUGGUAAUCAUUCCCGAUGUUCUGCAUCUACUCGUUCUGAGAAGCCUUUUUUUAUUACAUGUCCAAUAUUUUACGUCAAUGCAAAACCACAUUUGGGUCAUGCAUAUACCACAUGUUUAGCUGACGCUUGGGCAAGAUAUAGUUGUUUGCGUAAUCAGUCAAUACUGAAACCUUUCCAACAAGAUUAUAUUACAUUCACUUACUCUCCUGUGUUUGAUUACUGCAAUCUCAAUAAAACGUUUUUGUCUUGUGGGACUGAUGAACAUGGAUCUAAAGUUCGCCGGGCUGCAACUGUCAAUAAUCUUAAUCCAUUGCAGUAUUGUGAUCGAAUGAGUCCUUUGUUUGAGACUCUUUGUCAUGCUACUCAUGUAAAAUACAAUGAUUUCAUCCGUACUACUGAAACUAGGCAUGUUAAAGCUGUUCAUGAAUUUUGGAAGCGUUUAAACGCCAGUGGUAAUAUUUAUCGAAGCAAAUAUUCUGGUUGGUAUUGUAUUUCAGACGAAGCAUUUUAUACGCCAUGGGAAAUUGAUGAAACCAGUUCAUCAGGAGUACCUGUGUCAAAAGAAACUGGUAAUCCAGUGGAAUGGAUUGAAGAAGAGAAUUACAUGUUUAAACUGUCUUCAUUUAAAAAUGAUUUACACAAAUGGCUAGAUUCAGGAGUAUUUCCUAAGUCAUCUGAUCAAUCAGUUUGGAGUGAUAUAGCACAUAAUAUGGUGGAUACUUCUCAAGAUAUAUCUAUUUCAAGAUCAAAAAGUCGUUCAGAUUGGGGUAUACAUGUUCCUGGUGAUAAUGAACAAAUUAUUUACGUAUGGUUCGAUGCUCUGAUUAACUACUUAACAGUUGCAGGCUUCCCAUGGUCAAAUGUUAAUGAUGGUAGUUUUAAGCACUCUCUCUGGCCACCAGAUGUACAAUUUUUGGGAAAAGAUAUAAUACGAUUCCAUGCAGUUCUCUGGCCUGCUUUAUUAAUGGCUGUCAAUCUGCCGUUGCCGCGACGUCUAAUCUGUCACCAUCAUGUACUUGUGGAUAAUGUCAAGAUGUCUAAAAGUAGAGGUAAUCAAAUCGAUCCGAUUGUUGAACAGUCUGCUUUAUUGUCGGACGAAUUAAACAACAAUGUUAUAACACCUGCUGAAUCAGAUCUUCUUCGUUAUGUUUUGCUUCGCCUUCCUUUGCUAACAUUUGAUGGCACUUAUAGUCGUGAAAUGGCUCGUAAAAUGAUUAACACAGAACUUGUUAAUUGGAUUGGAAAUUUGCUUUCUCGUAUCACAUCUGAAUCUCUUAACCCUGAACAGUCUAUAAUUCAGAUUAAUCGUAAACAGGUUGAUGAUAUGUUUCACGAUGAUAAUUCGGAUAUGGAAUUUUUUGACAAUCUAGAUAAUAUUUCUCAUCAUUUUGACAAAUUUUGGUGGUAUGAAGCUCAACCUCAUAGGGCUAUAGAGGAAGUUUUACGUAUUAUUCGACAAACUAAUACGUUUAUUACUCGUCACAGUCCAUGGACCGAAAAAGAAUUAUUAAGAAAGCAAUUUAUAUUAUCGGUAGUAUCUGAAUCAUUAAGAAUAUGUGCAUUACUUCUACAACCAGUUAUUCCAAAUUUAUCAAUUCGAUUGUUACAUCGACUUGGUAUAUAUUAUGAAGGAAAAAAAGAACAAAACCAAUCGAAUAUCAGUAAUCAAGCACGUGUUCUAGGUGAAAAUUCUGGAAAAUUUCUCCGUAAAAUUAAAUAG